UCCCCAUCCACGAUGAACGCCCUGCGGCUCGCCCACACCAUCCCUGCCGACAGGAGAUUCAGCAAGCUCAAGUCCGAUUACUUUGACCGCCAGCUCCAGUCGCUGCGCUUCAACCCAUAUCUGGCGCUGAGUGUGGUACACAAUGCCGUGUUGUCAUCGCUGUCCAUCGAACGGACCGAUGAACGAUUUCUCCUCGCCGGAUCGACCGAUGGAUCGCUGUUUAUCUAUGAUCUUGACCAAGCUCCGGACGACAAGGACUCGAUGUUUGGCAGUGACCAAGUGCUGGAUUCGCUGCUCUCCGUAGAAAGAGCACAGGGCGGCCACGACUCGGCCAUCGCGAAUGUGUUGUGGUAUCCGCUCGACACGGGCAUCUUCACGACCUCAUCCACCGACGGCCAAACUCGGGUCUGGGACACCAAUGCAAUGCAGGCUGCAUGCACAUUUUCACUCGGGCAUCCAAUCUAUUGCCACUCACUCAGCUCCAUCGGAAUAUCCCAUUCACUCAUCGCAACCGGCGGCGCCUGUCCCGACAUCCGUCUCUGUGACAUGCGAACAGGAGCCGCAUCGCACACCUUGCGAGGCCACAGCGGCAACAUCUUUGCGGUCCAGUGGUCCCCACGCAACGAAUUCCUACUUGCCUCAGGAAGUGCCGACAAAACGAUCAAGCUGUGGGAUGUCCGCAAGGGCAAUGCGUUCCUGAAGAAUCUGGACCAGCGCAACGAAGGAAGCGAAGGUGCCACGGCCCACAAUGCCUCCGUUAAUGGCUUGGUUUUCACUUCCGAUGGCCUGCAUCUGCUCAGCUGCGGUCUCGACUCUGAGAUUCGUCUGUGGGAUCAAUGGACCGGACGGAGGACGAAGACCCGAUAUGAGUCCAUCCAAAACAAGACAAAGACCAACGUCCUCCCUGCAAUCGUAUCGAGCAUCCACCAGUCGCUUCCGUAUCUUUUCUUCCCAAACAACGACCGCUCGAUUCUUGUCGCCAAUCUGUUUAGCGGAGAAACGGUCCAGCUGCUGGAUCGCGCUCCGGAUCACAUUCGGUGCAUUGCUUUGCGAGAGAAGAGCCAGACGCUAUAUUCUGGCGGCGGAGCUCGGGGGUGUCUUGUCUGGAGCCCGCUACAAGCAGAACCCAAGAGUAGCCGCGGACGGCGUCCCAAAGAUCCGCCUCAUAACGAUCCACAUGACGACGAUGAUGACGACGGCAGCAAUCACGGUGGCGACUACGAUGGGGGUCGCGCACUGGGAAAGCGUCCUCCGCCAGGCAACUCCAGGCGAGGUGGCAGCGGUGCUGGUUCUCGGCAGGGCUCAAAGCGGUUCAGGGCGUUCUAUGUUCGAUAGGCUGGCUAUGAGGAGGAGAAUGGGCACUUGGAGGAGCAGGGGGGGGGCUCCAUCCAACAUCGUAAUCCGACUGCGUGGUGCAUCUGUCGGCCAAAGCGGUGGAUGUAAGAAUACAAUGCUUUGUAUAUCCAUAA